AUGGUUGAGCUGUUGCAAAUGUUUGAGGAGGCUUCAGGACAGCAAGUUAACCUUUCGAAAUCCUCUGUAAUUUUUAGUUCAAAUGUUGACAGGGAGAGUCGGGAGACUGUUUGCAAUGUGCUGCAUAUGCAAGAAGCAGGGGAUGAUGUGACUUAUAUAGGCUUGCCUAAUAUGAUUGGGAUGAAUAAAUUAAAGGUGCUUGGGUUUUUGAAAGAUCGAAUGAAUAAUAAAGUUCAAUCAUGGAAAGAGAGCUGGAUUUCCCAGGCAGGCAAAGCGAUUUUGAUUAAAAAUGUUGCCCAAGCUGUCCCUAACUACGCUAUGAGUACGUUCUUGCUUCCGUUGGAAAUCACAAGAGAUUUUGAAAGGAGUCUGUCAAAAUAUUGGUGGGAGCUAAGGAUAAUUCAAACUAUGGAAUUAGUUGGAUGA